AUGCGAGAAAAACUGCUGCAGUUGAGAAACAGCUUAGAGGGUAUUAUUCCCGACGAGUUGAACACAGAUUUCAACCUUAACCGAUGGCUUACGGCAUACGACCAGGAUGUCCAAAAGUGCACUACUAAGUUCAAAGAAUAUCUCAGUUUAAGAAAGUCGUUAGGCCACGACAGACCGUCCUCUACCAACGAUUUUUAUUUACGUGAUGACGUGCAAAAAUAUGGACGAUUUCUUACUCAGUCUCGAAUCAAUUUAGAAUGGAUUAAUGACAAAGAUAAUGGUCUCGUGUUUGUUGAAAUGCCUUUUGAAGAACCUAAAAAGAUAAUCAAGGCAAUCCGAGUUGGAGACUAUGUCAAACUGUUCUUUGGAUACUGCGAGACAUUCCAAAACGCAGUUUUGGAGCAUGAAAAAAAAACUGGAAAACCAUCAUAUGGAAUCUGUAUUUAUGACCAGAAAAAUAUGUCUUACACACCUUAUCUGAACCCACUUAGUCCAGUUAACAAAAUGCUUUCGGUUGUUGCAGUGCUUCUACCAGCUAAAGUUCACAAUCGUUUCUCCUUCGCCAAAACAUUCCCCGAUCAACUUCUCCCUUAUCUAUCAUUAUCUGCGAUUCCAAUAGCUUACGGAGGCAAAUACCAACCAAAAUCAGACUUACCAAACGGAUGCAAUCGGGCAUCAAAAAUCUUAGAAAAUGAUAUCCAGGAAAGCGGACAGAUUUGGAAUGAACACAGCAUAAAGCCACACUAUCACUCGCAUACUGUUGCUCCUGGAGAAACCGAAGUUUUAAGCUUCUCCAUUAAAAAUAGUCAAAUUUUGCUUUAUGAAUAUAAAGCAAAAUCUGAUGCUGAAAUUUGGGUUAGCCAAGAUUCUGUUGCUCUAACUCCUCGAUUCAAGUUUUCGACACCGUAUCUAUCUGAAGAGGGGAAAGUAACGCCAAUUUCCGAUGGCAAUAUCAACAUUUCGAUGACCAACUGUAGCCGAAUUUUUCCACUUAAAAUCGAAAUUGCUGUCAGUGUUGUUCCUAAAACCUAA